AUGGAGGAAAAGCCAUUGGAGAGCCUGGCCGGGAUUGGUGAAGUCCUGGGCAAGAAGCUGGAGGAAAGGGGCUUUGACAAGGCUUAUGUGGUCCUUGGCCAGUUUCUGGUGCUAAAGAAAUAUGAAGACCUCUUCCAGGAAUGGCUAAAGGACACAUGUUGCGCCAAUGCCAAGCAGUCCCGGAAUUGCUUUGGGUGA